AUGUUCACUAAAUUCGUUGUUAUGCUCGCGUUAGUUAGGUCAGAUAUUUCUAACGAAAUGUACAUUGCAAUCCAAAAUCAAAAAAUGGGGAGAAUAGCAGAAGCCAAAGAAUUUUUUGAUCUAAAUUUCUACAAAUACUCAAAAGCCGAGGCAUUUAUUACUAGGCAUAUUGAAUUUUUGUUGUACAUUGGAGAUUAUGAGGGAAUUUUAAAGAAAUAUGGACAUCUAAAUUUAGAACUGGUAAGAAAGGCCAAUGAAUAUAAUAACGCGGUUAUAACUAAAGAUUAUAGAAAGCUUAGUAAUCUUGUAGAUAUAUCGCCUUAUAGUGCGGUUGUGCUUAAAGCGUGUAUUAAAUCGGAUCUUAUAGACAAAAAAUACAAUAAUGUUUUUAAUUACAUUAAUAAAGCAAAAAGAGUUUUUUCAGAUGAUGAUGAUUUUUUACAAUACGAAGCGCAAUAUUAUUGUGUUAAAGGAGAUUUUUCUACUGGUAUUAAAAAAUUAGAAUCUUUAGGGUAUACUAGAUUAGCAGGUGAUUUACAAGAAAUUGUCAACAAGUUUAAUAAAAUAGAUAUUAAGCACAAUUCUGAGCAGAAAUUUGGUGAUUGGAAAUCUUUGUAUCAUUUAAUUAAUACUUUAACAUUUUCUGAUAAUUUUGUGCCUAGUAUUUACACUUUUAUAUUGGAUAACGUUUUAUAUAAUUAUGUUCAACUCGGGGUUAAGCUUAGGCAAUCUGGUAUAGCAUCAGUUGCGAAAAAUUUAUACAAUAAAAGAAAUACUGAAGAAACAAGAUAUUUUUACAUAAUGUCUCUAAUUACGGACAAUCAAUUUAGCAAAGCAAAAAGUGAAUUGGAGUCUAAAGAGUUUUCUAAUAAGACUUAUUUUAGCAAAAUUCAAGAAAGUAUUGAUCAACAUGAACAAUAUGCAAAAGAACAAAAAGAACGAGAAAAUCGAAGUCGGGAAAGACAACAACAAAGACAUGUACCACGUACGGAAAAGGCCGGCAGUGAUUUUUUAGGUUAUUAUAAGUUACUGGGUGUGAAUAAAAAUAUGAAUAUAAAGGCAAUAAAAAAAGCAUACGUAAAAAUCAUAGCAAAAAAUGAUAGAAUGAAAAAAAAUGAGAAGCAGAAGGCCGAAUGGGAAAAAAAGCAUGCUAAGUACAAUAAGGCAUUACAGGUACUUUCAGAUCCUAAGAAGAAAGAAAUGUACGAUAAUGGUAUAGAUCCCGAUUCGCCCGAAGCACAACAGGGAAGAUACCAGCAUCAUGAGCAACAAUUUAAAGGAUUUGAGGACUUUGGGCCUUUUGCUGAAUUUUUUAGUGGAUUUGGUGGUGGCAAUGGUGGAUUUAGGCAAGGUAGACGUACACAAUAUUUUUAUUUUCAUUAA